UUCAGUUACUCUCUCUGAGCUGUUAUCAUGGCCGUGUACAUCAACAUGGUGAAGACAAGAGGUCGGAUAUGCCUGAAGCAAGUGGUAACAACAAUUGCUCACUGCAGCACAAAUGUAGGAUGUAACGUGGCAACUGCACAGAGCGAUUUCAAACUCAAAGCAGCAGAUCUUCCUUGUGCACCUACAUGGAAGACUGUGUACAGGAUGAUUUUCAAAGGCUACUUUCACCGUUUGCAUGAGCUACAGGUGUAUGAGAAACGGCUGUAUGGGCCAAUGUACAGGAAGUGUGCCGGUAGCAUCUCCUCAGUGGCCCUGAGCAGUGCAGAGUUGGUAGAGGAGCUGCUCCGCCAGGACGACAAGUUCCCCUCCCGUGGGGACAUGGAGCUGUGGACAGAGUACCGAGAUGCCAGGGGCUUUGGCUAUGGCCCCUUCACAGAACAGGGCAAUAAGUGGUACACACUAAGAAGUGCACUCAACAAGCGGAUGCUCCACCCCAAAGACUGCAUGCAGUAUGAACACGUUAUCAACGAGGUCAUCACAGAUUUUAUGAGGAGAAUAGAGCACGUUCGCAAGACCAGUCCAACUGGGGAUCUGGUUACUGAUGUUUCCAAAGAACUGUACAAUUUUGCUCUUGAAGGCAUCUCAGCUAUUCUGUUUGAAACUCGGAUUGGGUGUUUGGAGAAAGAGAUCCCGAUGGAGACACAGGACUUUGUGAACUCGAUUGCCAUGAUGUUCUCCAACAGCAUGCCGGUGGUUCUGACACCCAAAUGGAGCCGAAGUGUUCUCCCUUUCUGGGGAAGGUACACAGCUGGAUGGGAGGGCAUCUUUACCUUUGCUAGUAAAUUUAUCGACAUGAAGAUGGCAGGCAUUCAGAAGCAUGUUGACAGAGGUCAGGAAGUGGAGGGCGACUACCUGAGCUUUUUACUCUCAAACACGGAUGUGUCCAUCAAGGAGGUGUAUGGAACUGUUGCUGAGCUCCUGUUGGCAGGAGUAGACACUAUUUCCAACACCUUGAUGUGGACCCUGUAUCAACUGUCCCGAGAACCCAAAAUUCAAGACACUUUGUAUCAAGAAGUGAACCACAGUCUUGAAAGCGGAAAGAUUCCUGUUGCCCAAGAUGUUACUAACAUGCGGUACCUGAAGGCUGUCAUCAAGGAGGCACUCAGGAUGUAUCCAGUAGUUCCGAUCAACGCCCGCCUCAUAUCAGAGGGAAGCGUGACAGUUGGGGGACAUCACUUUCCCAAGAAGACAAUGUUUACCUUGUGCCACUACGCCAUCAGUCAAGAUGAAAAGGUUUUUCCCGACCCAUCAAGGUUCAAACCAGAGCGCUGGUUAAGAGAUGGGAGAUUGCGGCCAAAUCCCUUCGGCUCCAUCCCCUUUGGAUUUGGGGUGAGAGGCUGUGUGGGCCGUCGGAUCGCAGAGCUUGAGAUGCACCUGCUUCUGGCGAGGAUCAUCAAGCUGUACAAGAUUAAACCAGACCAAAGCGUGGGCGAUUUGAAAGUCUUCAAUCGCACAGUGUUGGUUACUGACAGGCAAUUGAACCUACACUUUAUUGAGAGGAGAUAGGCUUCUGCUAAUAGUUACCUUUUUACCGACAGAAACCUAUUAGUUUGCAUUCAUUUUUCAAAAUAUAUUUUUGGGUCUUUGUGACUGUAUUUGUAUGAUAGGAGAGUGAAGGAGUGACAGGAAGCGAGUGGGGAGAGAGAGACAAAGGAGAGAGAGUGGGAAGGAUCUGCAAAUGACCCGGGCUGGAAUCAAAUCCGGGUCGGCCACGUAGCAGACGAGUGCCCUACCGUUACAGCUGCGGUAGGGCCGUUUGCACUCAUUUUUACUGAUGUUUCCUCUCUAGUUGUCCAUUAUUCUGUCCACUUACUGUUUGUUGCCUCUGUGUAACUAUCAGGAUAAGUUAAAUGAAAAAAUGUGGGCCCUAUAAUAGGCCUAUCGCAUCAUAAAUUGCUCCAGACUUGCAUUGUUCUAUUACAACACAAUAAAAUGUAAAAAGUGGGUUUGUAAUUAUUUUGUAAGGUAUUCAGUAACAAAGAGGGCUUGCUCAUAAAAUGGUAUUGACUACAGCUUUGAAUUUAAUACCAUUGCCCCAUCCAAACUAGUAUCCAGGCUGAAAAAAAUACCUAUGACUGCAGAGCAAUUCACAACUCCAACGGCAUAGUUAAAUUAGCUGAUGACACAGUGGUUGAUCUCCAAUGACAAAACAGCAUAUCUAAAUGAAAUUGAGACGUUGUCAUCCUGGUGCGUGGAGAACAGGUUAGAGCUCAAUGCCAACCAAAGAAUUAGUGGAGGGAGAGGGAAACUAUAGGGCAUGUAUAUGUCCACGGUUCUCUGAAUGAGAUGAGGGAGCCAUCUCUAUGG